AUGUCGGAAGACUCGAGAGCUAUUAUCAAAGCUCUCGAAAAAGUCCUUGUACACCUCAGCGAGAAUCCGUACCCGCACGUCCCCAAUCCUCCCCAUACCUCUCCGAAACGAGCCAGCGUAGCUGCCAUUAUCCGUGUCCGACCAGCUUAUAAACCCGUCCCUGCAAGCGUCAAUGGCUCCCUCAUAGCAGUUGAUAAACCUUCUCCUCCCUCGCCGCCUUCGACCCUCAGCGAAUUCUUUGCGCAAGAAUGGGUCCAGGAAGGAGACCCGGAACUACUUUUCAUCAAGCGCGCCGGUCGCGCUGGGGAUAGGUGGUCGGGCCAUAUUGCCUUGCCUGGGGGAAAGCGAGACCCCGAAGACGCGGAUGACUUUGCUGCUGCCGUCCGCGAAACAAGAGAAGAGAUAGGCUUGGACCUGGAAACAACGGAGUGCCUGCCCGCAGGGAAUCUCCCCGAGCGGCUGGUCACAACUUCUUGGGGGAAAGACGUUCUAAUGGUUUUAUGCCCCUACAUAUUCCUCCUGACAGGCAAGGCCGUUCCACCUGUCCAGCCACAGCCCACAGAAGUUGCCUCGGUGCACUGGGUCUCUCUCCGUGCUCUGCUGUCACCCACUCUACGGACUCGAGAAGCCGUGGACAUGUCCUCAAGAAUGGCCAAGCACGUUGGUCCCAUAAUCCACAAACUGAUCCGUUGGACAAUGGGAAAGAUGAUGUUCAGUGCCGUUCGCCUCCUCCCUACAGAGUCUGUUUAUGCCAGCUCAAUACCGGGAUUCAUACCUACGGAGGGUGGAGAUAAGCUCUCCACCUUGUCUGGUUGGGCCCAAGCGCCCUUUGGCAUUCCGUCCUCAUCAUCUGUUCACCACUCUCUUCUUACUUACCAACAACCACUGAUCCUCUGGGGUCUUACACUCGGCGUCUUGGCGGAUCUUCUCGAUCAGCUUCCACCCUACAACGCUGUGGCGCUCUGGAAAUAUCCCACGUUUACAGUCCCUGACCUCCGUCUAAUUGUGUACAUCAUGACUCGCUCAUUCCGAAAGAAUAGCGCAGAGACCUUCUCGUCUGGAUCUUGGCCGAACAAACUGCAACGGCAGCCCAGUCAGACCGCGAUGGAUGGCGCAAGCGAGGCAACAGCGGUCCCGGUGGCCGAAUCUACUCCCGUCAUGGGGCCUGAAUCGACGUCCGCGCCCGCUCCUCUGGACAAUGGAGAGAAGUCUUCUCGAGCGGCUAAGCGAUCAUCGUUCAAUAAGCACAGUGUCGGUAUCGGCGGAUUGGGUGUCGGAAAAGACCCUCAACAUGCCGUUGGUAAGUUGUUGUAUGGGUACUAUGGCCGAGUGAACUGGGCGAUCGCCUUGUUUUUGGCGUACAGAACAGCGCUCACGGUAAGUGUGGCGUGGUGGGUGGUUAGAUGGUGGCGAAAACGAAAGGCUGUUGGCAAGUAG